AAAAUAUGCCACAGCCUUGAAAUGGUACUCAACAUUUGCAGGUCCUCCUCAUAUACAGUACACACUUCAGCUGGUAGAUAGUGCUUCCAAAUGGAGAAGAAAAGGAAGACUUUACUAUUGCUGCUGCUCAUGGCUGCAACUCUCUUCUGCAUGCCAAUUGUGUCGUGUGCUGUUUCUAGUGUCAACAUUCAAGGCCAUCUCACCCAUUCUGAGCUGGUAAAAGGUCCCAAUAGAAGGCUUUUGCCAUUUGUGGAUUGUGGAGCGAGGUGCAGGGUGAGGUGCAGUUUGCACUCAAGGCCAAAAAUUUGCUCAAGAGCUUGCGGGACAUGCUGUUUCAGGUGCAGGUGUGUUCCUCCAGGCACUUACGGGAACAGAGAGAUGUGUGGCAAGUGUUACACUGACAUGAUCACUCAUGGCAACAAACCUAAGUGCCCCUAAACCUGUGCAUGCAUGCCCAUGUGUGUCUACACCUUAUGAUGUUUAUCACUAGUUAACACAAAUUUGAAUUCCCAUUUUUUUGUUUUUUCUACCUUAAUUUCUUAAUGCAUUGUGUUUCUCAUAAUUUGUAACCAUCAGUUUUGUGUUUUUUUUUUCUUCUGAACUUCAUCAGUUUUGUGUAUUGCUGCGACUUAAUGCAUCUAUAUAUAAUGCAUCAGUUGUUUUUAUUUUUUUAGUUUGGUUAUGUAUGCAUCAGUUGUGGAAUAAACGUCUAGUAAAUUACAAGUUA